AUGGGACUUUCGCUCACCAAGAUGCUGGCCACAUGGUGGUGGUAUGGAGAGGAGGUCAGAGUCCUCAUGGUGGGUUUGGAUGCUGCCGGUAAGACUACCAUUUUGUACAAGAUGAAGUUUGGUGAGGUCGUACAGACAACCCCGACCAUCGGUUUCAACGUCGAGACGGUCGAGUACAAGAACUUGAAGUUCAACGUGUGGGACGUCGGCGGUCAGGACAAGAUCAGGAAGCUGUGGCGUUUCUAUUAUGAGAACGCUCGCGGUAUCAUCUACGUCGUGGAUGCCAACGAUCACACUCGAGUCGAGCAGGCCAAGGGCGAACUCGACGUUCUCCUCAACGAACCCCUUCUCAGGGACGCUUCGUUGCUCGUCUUCGCCAACAAGCAGGAUCUGCCCCAGGCGCUGUCCGUCGCAGAGAUCACAGAGAAGCUGGGCCUCAACAACGUGAGGGGCCGCCAGUGGAAGGUCCAGGGCUCCAUCGCCACCAGCGGCGAGGGCCUCUACGAGGGUUUCGACUGGCUCGCGAACAACCUCCCCGCCGCCACCGCUUCCUAG